UGCCCUCGUUCUUCCCGCCUCCUGCCACGAACUCGGGCCCCGCCCCGGGACUGCAGACUUGCCCCCUGCAGGAACCCAGCCCUUAGGGGGCGCGAGCCGGGUGUCGUUAAAGCCGCGGAGCUCUGGAGGGGCGGGAUUGCGGGGACUUCGUACUCUUCGACUUGGUUGUGCGGGGAGCGCGAGCAGCGGUUGCCCCUCGGCCGACCUGCCCUGAGUAGGCGGCAGCCCGGGCAGGGGCUCCGAGGGGGAGAAACGGUCGCUUGGGCUGCCAGCGGUGGAGAGGUAGGGGGAGCAUUCUCGGGCUCCCAGGUCUAUCAGAAACACGGGGAUCCACCGAGGCGCCGUCUUCUCUGUCAGUUGAAAUGUCUAUGAUUUUAUCUGCCUCAGUCAUUCGUGUCAGAGAUGGACUGCCACUUUCUGCUUCUACUGACUAUGAACAAGUCACAGGUGUGCAGGAAUGCAGAAAGUAUUUUAAAGUGCUCUCGAGGAAACUUGCUCAGCUGCCUGAUAGAUGUACACUGAAAACAGGACAUUAUAAUAUAAAUUUUAUUAGCUCUCUGGGAGUGAGUUACAUGAUGUUGUGCACUGAAAAUUACCCCAAUGUUCUGGCCUUCUCUUUCCUGGAUGAGCUUCAGAAGGAGUUUAUUACUACUUAUAACAUGAUGAAGACAAAUACUGCUGUCAGACCAUACUGUUUCAUUGAAUUUGAUAACUUCAUUCAGAGGACCAAGCAGCGAUAUAAUAAUCCCAGGUCUCUCUCAACAAAGAUAAAUCUGUCUGACAUGCAGAUGGAAAUCAAGCUGAGACCCCCUUAUCAAAUUUCUAUGUGUGAGCUGGGGGCAGCCAAUGGAGUCACAUCUGCAUUUUCUGUUGACUAUAAAGGUGCUGGUAAGAUUUGUUCUGCUCACCAGCGAUUGGAACCAGCAACUCUAUCAGGCAUUGUGGCAUUUAUCCUUAGUCUUUUAUGUGGAGCUCUGAAUUUAAUUCGAGGUUUUCAUGCCAUAGAAAGUCUCCUGCAGAGUGAUGGUGAGGAUUUUAAUUACAUUGUUGCAUUUUUCCUUGGAACAGCAGCCUGCCUUUACCAGUGUUAUUUACUUGUCUACUACACUGGCUGGCGGAACUUGAAAUCUUUUUUGACUUUUGGCCUAAUCUGUCUAUGCAACAUGUAUCUUUAUGAACUGCGCAACCUCUGGCAGCUUUUCUUUCACGUGACUGUGGGAGCUUUUGUUACGCUACAGAUCUGGCUGAGGCAAGCCCAGGGCAAAGCUCCUGAUUAUGAUGUCUGACACCAUCCUUCAGACUAUUGCCUUGGCUUCUGGGGAAGAAGGAAGGAGCAUAUCUUAACUGCCACUGUGAUGAAGGAACUGUUCACCACAAAUGAGAAGCUCUUCUUUCUUUCCCUUCAACUGUCUUUUUUUGUUUUAAGUCAGCAUGGCAUGCCUGGGAGCAUGCAAUACCUGCUAGACAAACUCCUCUCAGAGUAAUGUUGACCUUGAGAUAAUUAUUCAGAGGAAAAGAAGACUUCUCUCUGCAGGGUCGUAACAGUGGAAGAACAGUUAGAAACCAUUGGAAGACUUGGCCAGCAGUCACGAAUCCCUCUGAAGAGCUCAUUCAAAAUAACUUUAUGUGGUACUUGCUCUGAGGACCAAGCAGGGACUCUACAACCUGGGCUUGCCUUUGUGAGGCAUUAGUAUAGACCAAAUAAAAAAAAAUGCUGCAGUAAAUUGAAAAGUUUAAGUUUAAAACAACCAGAUUACUGAACAGAUUUAUGAUACCAUGAAUUUAAGUCCAGGAUGGUGUGUAGUUAGUUCCUUUUUCUCUUAUAUUUUUGCUUGAAUCCUUACUCUGGAAAUCACCUGAUGUAGGAGAAGGCUAUGGUGAGCUUAUCUCUGGAACAUCCCAAGUAUUGAAAAUACAGUGAUAUGUGUUUCCUUUCUAAGUCCAUGUUUGUAGUUGCUUUUGAAAUCACUUUUUAAAAUUAUGAUUCAUUAGACUACAGUCAUUAUUUCCCAAACUAAGUCACUUAAGUAUUGAGUACUCUGUGUAUUAUUAUUGACUUAAUAUUUAUGUCUUAAAAUUAAAAUAUUUUAACAAGAAACUAAUCUCUACUCCAGGUGGAAAACCAGCAUCAGUUUGCCAUACAUAAAAGGUAACUAAAAAUAAAUAAAACAAAAAAUGUUACUAAAUUCUAGCUAGACACUAAUGCCUGCCAAGGCUCUGGAUCCAAGAGAUCUGUUCUUUAUCUGUUAUAGUGAGAGAGAUGUUACCCAGCACAAAAUGGGGCUCUCUCUAUGGAAUUAUCAGGAGGAUAAAAGAAAAAUGUAAAGGGAAUGACAUUCACACUGUGAUUCAACAUUAUUUAACUCUGUGUUAUGUACCACCUAAAAUCAUCUGUAGACCAUCAGUGGUGUGGGCCCUACACUGAACUGUACCAAGAGUCAGAAGGUGACUAUUCUCCCAGAGACUCUUACCAUUCUAUGGCUUUAAGGAGUUAAGCACCUAGUGUCUUAGAAAACUUACUUGUUUUCUGAAACAUUAUAAAGAUUGUUCAAGCAGUUAUGAAUUAAAAAUAUAGGAAGUACAGUUUGAUUCCAUUGGCAACAUCUAUAGCUCUCCUGGCUUUGGAAGUUAUCAUCAUGAGAGAAUUUUUGUUUUUGUUUUUAUUUUAAAGAAGUGAUUCCAAACAAGGAAUUCAUAAGGUACUGAAAUUUGAUAUCCAGAAAAACAGUGGACCCAUUACAUAUAAUUUAUGUUACUGGGCAUAUUUAUUAAGCAGAAGAAAUAGUCCAGAGGGUAGUCAUUGAGCUAUCUUGUUUGCCUGAACCAGUAUGAGUAGGUAUGUCUACAACUGUAAAAUCUUGCUUAACUAGAACCUUUUUCUUGCAUCCUCCUUUAGGAGAAUGAGGCAAAAGACAAUAAGUUUAUGAUAUCAGGAAUUUAUUUAAAACAAGAAACUCCAAUUCACCCCAAUUUUCUGCCUCUAUCAAAACUGUAUAGAAAUUUUGUCUAUUCUGAGAAAUACCCCAAGGUCCCUCAUGAUCCUAAAUCAUCAAAUAAAAUUAUGUUUGGUAUUUUGUACUUAACAGCCAGAAAAGUGAAAUGAUACAACUUAGAAAGGUUUUUCUAAACUAAUGGUUAGAAUAAGGGGAGUUUUUUUGUAAAUAGUCAAUUAGCCAGCAAGUUGGAGCAUUCUGGUUAAUUGUGACUGCCGUCAGUUCACAACUCUCCUACAAGUUUGGUUCAUUUUGGUUCUCCUUUCAUUGAAUUACUGAGUUAUGUUUGGUGUAUGUGGAUCUAAUUAGCAAGGACACUUGAAAACUCACCAGCUACCUUUAAAUGCUUAAUUUUGUUUUUGUUUUUGUUUUAUUUUUUCACCAGCUAUUUUGGUUAAAAGGAUGUUUACAUCUUAAUGUAAAAAAAAAGGUAUAAAAAUUUUUUAUGUAAAUAGAAGUGCUUUCUUUCAUUAUUUAGUGCCUGCAUCUCUGAGUUGUCUAUAUAACUUCCCUGUCUCUAUCAUGUUAUUGCCAAAGAAACUGAAUCUGAAAGAGAAAAUUUUGCCAUGAAUGUAAAGAAGUCCUAAGGCUCUUGAGAAAGAACACUUAGGCCUCUAAUGUGUGUGAAGGUAAGAGUUUGCAUUUAUACUGCACUUUCACUUUUAAGAGCAAUCCUCACUUACCUAAUCAUAAAGAGUUUCAUAGGGUUGGGGGAGUAGUGGCUGCCCUCAGGGUAUGAAAGAGUGAACUAGAACUAGGGUGAUCAGAUAGUAAUGACUUAGCUAGGGUCAUAGGGCUAAGCACACACCAUUUAUAAUCUUUUAGCCCAGGACUUUUCCCCCAAAACAGGAGGCUAAUGGAUAACUAUGAUUAUAUUCAGGGAAUAUGUCUAUUCUUGGUAAAAUCAAGGAAUUGGUGGUUUCUUAAAAUAGUGAGCUCAGGCCUGCUAUCAGAUCUAGGUGUACAUUAUAUUUAAUUCAAAAAUACUCCCUUUUGGUUAAGGUGUGAUGUGAGGCAAAAAUACUCUUUUUUUAAAUAUUCUAAAAGUCAUUGCAAUAUUUGCUUGCUGUUUUGGUCUGUAUUUGAAAUGUUUUUAUACUGGGAUCUUUCCCAAAAAAAUUUGAGGCGUCAUACCAAGAAAAGAAAUAUACAAUAAUUUUAAUAAAAUAUGAACAGAAGUGGGAAGAAAAGAUCAGUGAAAAUGAAAGGAAAGGUGAACACAGCGCUGUUAGGGGGUGUAAAGUGAGACUCUUGAGCUCCUCGAAAGUCAAGGAGAGAGAAGGGAAAUGAGUUCCACCUCACUCUAGCUCUGUCUGUAAGUCAGAGCACACCAGUUCCCGAGGGGAGACUUCUUCCUGAUGAAUUCUAGUAAAAAUGUUCUCGCUUAGGGUGUCCUGUGAAAUGUACAAUGCUGAAAAUGAACAAAGUCCUCAGUUGUUUUACACACAUAUGCAUGUUAUGAUUGUGCUUUGGAAUUCAGCCCAUACCAGCUUUCAAAGGCUUUCAUUUGAGGGGGUUUUUUGUGUGCGGAGUUAAUAGACGAUUUUGGUCCCAUAAGUAAGAACUCUUGUCCUAAGCUAAAAAUAAGUAUCUGAGUUAAAGCUUAAAAAUCCAUUUUAGGCAAAUGCUUGGAGAUGUGGAGAACCUUUACUUGACUUUGUGAUUUAUAACUUAUGUAAAGUGAGUGUGUUGUGCUUGGAUUAGCACAUUUAUGCUGUGCGAAAUGUGGUCUUUUUGACGGUGGAAUUUAGUCUGGAGAAAUGCAUGGCUCCAGUUCUGCUAGGCCAUGUCUGGAAUCUCAUUAGAGACCUGAUUUGUCAAGGCUCCACAGAGACCAGAGGUGUCAUAUGAGCUUUCACGUCCUGUUUCAGCAUUGUGUCCCUCUUGAGGUUAGUUGCCCACCCAACACUCAGAUGUUUGGCCUUUAUCCCAGAAGGUUUAUUGAGUAAUGCGAGGUCCCACUCUGAGCUGUUGGAUUCCCAAGAGACAUAACAAAGUGUGGGCCUGUGUGUGUGUGCACAUGUGUGAGCGUGUCUUUACCUGUUUUAUUAUUGUAGCACUUCUGUUCACUGUAAAAGUUAGAGCUAUCAUGGAGUAUGUGGUAAAAGAACGAAUAGGUUAUUUCAAAAGCAGCCGUCACUCAGACCAAAUUAAACACUUAGUCUUACCACAAAUUAAGUCACUCUUCAAGGCUGCAUUUUUUAUCUAUGGUCCAGCCUCCUUUGUAUCUUUCUGCUUUAUUAUUUGUAAGGGAAUGGAGUAUUUCUACCUAAAAAUGCUGUGCUAAAAAAAAGCAAACCUGAUUUUUGGGUUAACUUGAGUUUAGUUAAAUCCUAGGUAAGAGUUAAUAAAAGAAACCCCUCCAACUCUAAGCGUUUUGAAAGAGUUUGUUUGUAAAGGCUCUGUCAGCUGUAAAUUCAGCUCCUCUGGUCUUAUUGAUUAGAAUUAGGUGUGUCUGAUCAUCUUCAUCCAUGUUCUGGGACUGCUGUGGAGUCUGGUAUCUCAUAGCCUCCUGUUUGAACAUUGAGUUUUCCAAAGAGAAGCUGUGUCUGCAGCUGCUACUCUGGUAGCAUCUCUUCCUUGAGUGGCCACAAUUUCUAAAUUACCUUACGUAGCAUGUGAAAUCACAGUGCUGUGUGAUUGGAAGCCAUGUGGCUUGUAUCCUCCUUGCUUAUGAACAGUGAGUGGUGUUGACACAGGUGCACAUUUUCUUCAGCACUGGCAGUAAUUUGUGUAUAAUAGUCUCAGAACAACUGGAAGCUGUAGAAAGCUCAAGGAGAGCAGGCUUGGUUCUCAAAGAGUUCCUGAAAUCAGUACCAUAGCCUUAAGAAUUGUUCCUGCAAUUUCCCUGGCAACAAACAGUAUGUUUUAGCCAUCCUUGCCUGAGUUCUCCUUUGCCCUUCUGGUCCUGCAUCCCGCAGCCCAGCAACACAAGCAUCCCCCCGCAGAAGCCCAUUCAGGCUCCAUCCAUCUGACCCUCGGAGUCGGGACUCAGGCGCCCAUUCCCCAUUUGGUCUCAGCAGCCCCUCCCUAGUCCCACCUUCGUCACUUGCAACAUGUGCCAGUGCCCUUCGUGGAGGCUUGGCUGUCAAGGGCCUCGCCCAGAGGUGAACAAGCAGCAUUUUGCCUUUGUGCUUAAAUUCCUCCGGUACUGAGGACAGUGAUAAGAGUGGUUGUCAGGGCCUUUUGUGGGCCAGGGGUUCCCUACAUGGUUAUCCUUACAGCAGCCCAUGGGACAGGAAGGGCCCUAUUUCAUGUUCACUUGAGGAAACAAGACUCAUGUUCAAACCUGUGGCUCAGGUUAUAUGAAAGAAAACUCUGUGUGUGUGUGUGUGUGUGUGUGUGUGUGUGUGUGUGUGUGUGUGUGCAUGUGCUAACCACUGGACUCUGUGUUAUAGUAGCUGUGGGAACAGACAAGGCCACAUGGGAAAGGCACUGUGUAUGACAAGGAUUUGAUCUUCAGAAAGCGUUCAUGUAGGUUUCUAUCUUACAGACAAAGCACCUGGGAACUUUGGGAGCUAAGGGACUUCACCUCAGUCACAGAGUAACUAAUGGUGACACCCUGAUUUCAUUCCAAAUCAGUCCUACUCAGAACUCAUAUUCUUAACCACCAUGUAACAGUAAGCUAGACAACAUGGAAAUAUAUUGAAGUAUAUAAGUUAUAUAUAUUGAAAUAUAUAUAUAAGUAAUCUACAUUACUUUUUAAAUGAAAGUGAUCUGGUCAGUGUUAACUCCUGCAGUCUAGAUGUCCUAGACUGAAUAAAAUAGUUUUCUAAAAUUCCUACAUCUGUAACAGUAACAUAGAACAAGUGGCUGCUCUUAGAGGUAUGGUGAACCUUAAAUGUGCCUUAGAUCUUAGGGCAGGCAAAGUAGAAAGUUUAGUCUUUGUAGUAAGACUCAUGAAUUCAUGAAUUAAUGAUUUCGAUGUUUAGGCUUCAUUGGUGAUUCACAUGUUACAUUAACUUUUCCUAGCUGAAAGCCAGAAUAGACUGGUGCUUUGAUAUGAAGUAAUUUUAUGGAAAUUCUGCUCUAAGUGGUCCCUAUAUCUGAAAACAUCAAAAGAAAAAUGGAAGCCUCCAUCUCCUGUCUUUCUGGACCCUCUGCCUGCUCUGUGAGCCUAGACUGAUCUCAACCCAGCAGCCCUCCAGGCUCCAAGGACGGCGGGGGGCCUUGAUAAAAGGACUCCUGGCCGCACUGCUAUCCUGCAUGGCUGGUGCUGGCUUGGUGUCCGGAGGGGAACAGAGUAAAGGCUGCUCUGACCGUUUGAAAGUGACCUUCCCACAGAUUCCCCCUUGUAUGGUGCUUUCACAUCAUUUGUCUCUCUGUGUUCGGCUCUAAAAUCUUAAAAUCCUAAUUCAGUUGUGUUCAGGUUUGUGUCAUACAGGUGGCCUAGCACUUGAAGAUUAAAGAGGUAUACAAAUAUCUAGAAUCAAAAAAUGACAGAGGAGGAAGAAACCACGGCCAUCAGCCAUUCGAAUGGCCUCUGUUCUGGUGCCUGCCUUUUGAAGCAGUGACCUCUGCGGGUGGGAAGGAAAGACAGGCAAGAGGACAGCAAAUAUCCUUCUCCUCCCAAGAAAGUGAAAACACUGCCAAAGGGCUGUUUUGAGAACCUGGAAGAAUAAGAAAAGCUAUGAUACUAUAGUAAUUGGAUCUCAUUUCCUCUCUUGUCAACCUUGAGGAGGGGCAAGCCCUCUUUCCCUGCCAAGAUCAUCAGUACCCAGCCAGAUGCACACACCGGACGGAAGCGCCUGUGGGCUAGUGCUAUGGGCUUUUGUCCCCGAGGAUCAGAGCUGCCCCAGGGGCUGCACCAGUCCUUUUUCCCACUGCCUCCUAGGCCGGGGGCGGGGUGGGGGAAGGUCAGCACACACGAGAAAAUGUAUGUGAAAGCUCUUCAUACACUGUGAAGUUCAUCCAGGUGGGGGGGCAUGGUAUUCUCCGGCCUGCUGUACACCCCCCACCGCCCUCCUCCCCACUGUCAGCACCAGGCCUUCCCUCUCCCGACGCUAGGCUCUGGUAUUUGCUACGGCUGGUCCAGCCCAGCUGCGUCGGUCCUUUCCUUCUGGAGGGCACUUUUACAGUAUUUGUUCUCUUCAGUGUGGAGUUACUCUGAUUUAGAGAAAUUCAAAAGCUUUGGGUUUUCGUGGUCCGUUGUCCCUGCCUUUGCUGUUCUCUUGUUCAGGUGGCCGUGCGAAUCUGCUCAGCACUGCUUUGGACUAUUGUACAUCCUGAGGCCCAAGAAUGCUUUCCUGCCCUGCAGUGAUACAGGGUCAGCAUCUUUUCCAGGCCCUGAGAAAUUCACUUUCUGCUGAUUAGCUAAACUCAUGGCCAAAUUUAUGGAAAAUACCCAUCUUUUAUCAUGUAAAACUGCAUCUCUAGACACGAUUUAGCUGUACACCACUUGGGUGGUAUUUUCUUUUGCAAAAGUGUGCUUGUUAAUUCUGAGUCUUAAAGUAACAUGGCUACCUGGUGAAUAUUUAGCUUCAGCUCCCUCAGUGUGCCAAGGUUUGCUGUGCCUUCCUGCUAACGGUGAUAAACUCACCUGCAAUCAAAUCACUGCCACGUUUGCAGUCUCUCUUGCUUUUAGUUGUCUUUGCUGUUGGUGGGCAUUAAAGUGUGUUCAAAACUCAUCCCACACAUCAAAGGCAUUUUUGCUAAUAAGUUUGUCUAAUUAACUUUCUAGGCAUGGAUAUACUUUUGGGGAAAAGGGAGAAACAAGUGUGUUCUCUGGGAUUAGCUCAGUGGAGAUAGGAUGACUUAUCCCUUGUCCAGCCCGCGCUGGGUGUGUGCACGCAUGCGUGUAGCUUCAUGGGCCUGCCUGAGCGUGUGGUGUCUCCCAGCCAUGGCAGGGUGGGAAUCCUUCAGUUAAGGUCACCACCUAAGCUAAUCAGCUUGUAAAGUCUGGCCUUACCACUUGCUCUCCUUUUCUAAUUGACAUGCCUCAGCCCCGAAGGGUUCUCAGAGUUCACAUUCACUCUAUACAAUUACAUCCUUCACCAUGCACAUUUCAAUUCCCAACAACGUCUAUUUUCUUUGGAGCAGGAAACCUGCCUAUGAGCAGGACUACUAUAGUUAUGUCCACAUGCUGCAUUGUUGCAGUGAACCCAAGGAAAUAUUUUUCACUGGCUCCUUCAUUUUCACUUGUGCUAAACUUAAUUUGACCAAGCCCCUCUGGUUUUAUUUCCUGAACCCAAAUAUAAUCCUGCAUUUGAUGGGUGCAGCAGGCAGGAAGUGCUGAGAAGGGCCCCUGCCUUCCUACCAGCUCUGCCUUCCUCGCAGGAGCAGAGGAGUCCUGGGCCACGCAAGAAGUUACCUGCAUGGCCUUAGCAGACAGGCCCACUUGGGAUCUCGUCUGUUAACUACCAGCUGUGUGGGCUUAGGCAAAUAGCUCAACCCCUCUGUGACUGUUUCGUCAUCCGUGAAAUGGUGUGGCCAGGAGAACUGAGAUAAUGUUUGUAUGGUGCUUAUCCCAGAGUCUGGCACACAGAGAGUGUCCCAUAAGUGGGAGCCGUUAUUAUUAGGUCUCCAGGUCAAAUCAGUUCACCCGGGGCCUGUAGCAACUCUUUCUAUCCACUUGGGGCCUUUUGACAAUCUGUAUACUCAUCUGUAUUUUCAACUUUCUUUCCCUUAGCAUAGAAACAUGCUUGGCCCACUUGUUUUAAAACAUCCACCCCUCGACCCUGGAUCUUUGCUGGUUCUAUCCUCAGUCACUUGUCCCCUUCACUGCUGGUCCACCUCCUCAUCUCUUCGUUCCUCAGCCUCCUGCACCCCGGCACCUGCUCCUCAGUCUAGUGAGUCUGCUCUUGCCCAGGUCACCAGUGUUCUUCUACCUGGCUGCCGUAAUGGCAUCCUCUCCAGAGCAGCUAGCUGCCCUGCCCUCUGUCAAGCGAGGCUCUACCUUGCGAGGCUCCUUCUGCAGUGUCCCACUGCCCCACCAAGGGCUGAAUGCACUGGUUUUUGGACCAGAACCAGGCUCAUGGCCCAAGCCACAAAUCAGACCAGGACACAUCACCAGUGAAAGUGUUUAAUAGUUAAAUUAUUUAAAUAGACUUUUCAAUUUCCAUGGGAAAUCAUAAUUGUAUCUGUUUUUUGCAAGAGCAGGAAUAAAAAGAGUGCACACCCCUUGGAGGGAAUGAAGAGCUAGCACUGCAAGUGGCCACCAGUCACUGCUGGGAUGGGGAGGACAGGCCCCCUCGAGGCCAGAGAGGCAAUGGCCAACAGAGGGAAUGGGGUGGGGUGGGGGUUCCUCAGCACACAGACAGUACUUAGGCUGGAAGCAAAAUGAAAACCCAGCACCACUGGCGGACAAUAUGGCGGGGUAGGGACUUGAGAACAGGACCACGGAGAAAGCUAUCCCCUUGCAAUAGAUGCAAGAGGGGUGAUGCAGAACUCAAAGGAUGGAGCAGCAAAAGUGUGGACAGACUCAGGCUGGCAGUUUUCAAUCCAGGAAAAAAAGUUUUACUUCUCAGAGCUGUGUUCAAAUUGGGGUGGGAGCUGGUGUGUGGAAAGGGGAGGCCAGGGUUAGUGUCCAGUGAGAGGUGGUAGGUGGGGGUCCAAGUAGCGUUUUGGAGCUGUUACACAGCUGCCUCCCCACCUCCAAGCUUGUGCUGGAGUUGAGAAUAGUUCUGUCCUGAGAAGCAAUGCAAAAAUCUGGGGCACAUGUCCAAGGACUCUGCUUGAGGGCAUCUCUGUGAUAGUAUGUCCUUUUCCAGAUGCCUCCUCACAGGGUAUAAAAACUUGGCAUUAACCGCCACCUCCCAAGAAAACAAAAACCAGACAAAAUUUCUGCUAGUUUUGCCCCGUGAAGCUAGGCUCUACCCUUUCUUCUGGUUUACAGGUGGGGGGCAAGGCCACCACACUUCCCUGAACCUAAACACCGCACAUUACAUCCCCAAGACUAAGGGAUCAUCUCAGGAGAGAGCCACCUGCCCCUCAGCCACCUGGAAGGCCAGCCAGGUGCAGUUCCUCACCCCCGCCCGAGCUGGGGCCAUCCGCUGACCUCUCUGAGCUGCAAGAGCUGCCUCUCCUCGGCUGCCAUCGCAAGGAGGGGACGGGUGCGCAGUGGCGGCUGUGUGCUCUGCCACAGGCCGAGGCUGCUUCCCUUGUUCCCACCUUGGCCUGAGGUGGGAAGGAAGCUUUUUGUUUUCAUUAUAUUUGCAUUUUACUUACGGAAGUGAUUCUGUGUGUGUGUGUGUGUGUGUGUGUGUGUGUGUGUUAGAGAGGUGGGAUAAUGUGUACAUGCAUCUUCCUACUUAAUCUGAACCCAAAAAGACAUGCUCACUGCUCUGGCUGGACCUGGGAAAAACAAAACUGCCAAAUCUGAAGGGAGGGAAACAGGUGUUUUGUCUGAGACCAGUUCCACAGCAUAAACACACACACACCGGUGCACACGUGGACAUACAUACAGUACAAAUGAGCACAAACACCCGGCUGUACACAGCUGUUUUCUAAUAUAGAGAAUUUACAAAAUAUAGAAUUUGGUAUAUUUGUUAGCUCUCCAAGGUUUUCAAUAAUACAAAAUAAAAAUACAAAAAAGACAAGUUGGAAU